AUGGCAGCCGCCUAUCUCGACGAUCCUACGCCACAGGACGAGGCGCUCGAUGUGCUUGCAAGACCCUACCAGGAAUUUCUAGAGGACAACACGUACAACUACCAGGAUGAAAUCGUCCGCAUGCUCAAUCUCGAACAGACGCGUCUCAUCGUCAACUUGGACGACCUCCGCGCGUACAAAAGAGAUCUCGCAACGUCGCUCUUAAAGGAACCCACAGACCACAUUCCCGCAUUCGAGACGGCCCUUGCACGCGCCGUAGAGACUUUCAGAGAUCCAUUAAAGCAUAUUAUCGAUGGAAAGGAGUUUAAACUCGGCUUUAGUGGCUCGUUGGGAGACCAUCAUGUCAGCCCGCGAACGUUGCGCGCAACUCAUCUCGGAAAGAUGAUUUCUCUCGAGGGUAUCGUAACAAGAUGCUCCCUCGUCCGCCCCAAGAUGCUCAAAUCGGUCCACUACUGCGCCGCAAAGGAGAAUUGGGUGCAAAGGACCUAUCGAGACGCGACGAGCACGUCCAACCUCCCUCCGACGUCUUCCAUCACACCCCAGACGGACGACGAUGGGAAUCCGCUCCAGACAGAAUUUGGUCUCUGCCUGUUCCGUGAUCAUCAACGGAUUUCCAUUCAGGAAAUGCCAGAACGCGCUCCUGCUGGUCAACUACCGCGUAGUACAGAUGUCGUCCUUGACGAUGAUCUCGUUGACAAGUGCAAGCCCGGCGAUCGUAUCCAGCUUGUCGGCGUGUAUCGUAGUCUUGGUGGUGGCGCAGGUGGCGGCUUCAAAACUCUGAUACUUGCUUGCAACAUCAACCUCCUCUCGUCCAAGGCUGGAGGCGGAAUUGCCCAGACACCUCUGACGGAUAUCGACAUUCGACAAAUCAAUCAGCUAUCCAAGCGACCAAAUAUCUUUCGAUUGCUCUCCGAGUCUCUGGCCCCAUCCAUCUACGGUCACCAGUACAUCAAGCAGUCGGUUCUCUUGCUCCUGCUCGGUGGUGCCGAAAAGAACUUGGACAAUGGGACCCAUAUUCGAGGCGACAUCAAUAUGCUCAUGGUCGGUGAUCCUAGUACCGCCAAGUCGCAAAUGCUCCGAUUCGUGCUCAACACUGCGCCACUGGCAAUCGCGACGACGGGUCGAGGGAGCUCGGGUGUCGGUCUAACGGCGGCCGUUACAACUGAUAAAGAGACUGGAGAGCGCAGACUCGAAGCGGGUGCAAUGGUCCUCGCGGAUCGUGGCGUGGUGUGCAUCGAUGAGUUUGACAAAAUGUCCGACAUUGAUCGUGUGGCCAUUCACGAAGUCAUGGAACAGCAGACAGUGACGAUUGCAAAGGCUGGUAUUCACACGACGCUCAAUGCGCGAUGCUCUGUCAUCGCUGCGGCGAAUCCCAUCUAUGGUCAAUACGACGUUCACAAGGAUCCUCACAAGAACAUUGCGCUCCCUGAUUCUCUCCUUUCGCAGUCGAGGGAUCGCAUGAUUGCGGACCACGUCCUUCGCAUGCAUCGUUAUCUCCCUCCUGGGGUGGAAGAAGGGACACCUGCUCAUGACAUUCUGAGCCAACCUCUGACCGUCGACAACCCAGCGCACACCGCAAACGAUCAAGUCCAAGAGACAUCUCCCUUUGAAAAGUUUGAUCCUCUCUUGCAUGGUGGCAUGGCCGAUCAAGAUGAGCGUUCGGUUUCUGGACGAACAAAGAGAGGGAAAGGGAAGAAGAAGGACAAAGAAGUCCUCACGCUGGCGUUUAUCAAAAAGUAUAUUCAGUAUGCGAAAGCAAGACCGGCUCCUGUCCUGACAAAGGGCGCUGCGGAUUGGAUCGUCAACGUCUACGGCAGUUUACGCAAUGACAACCUCGAAGACAAUCGCCGAAGGACGGCACCCAUGACUGCACGUACGCUCGAAACAUUGAUUCGUCUUUCGACGGCACACGCAAAGGCCAGGUUAUCUUCCAAGGUCGAGGAAAGAGACGCAAUCGUCGCAGAAGGUAUCCUCCGGUUUGCGCUCUUCAAAGAAGUCCAGAAAAAGUCUUCGAACAAGAAACGAAAGCUCAAUACGGGCAAGGCAGCUGGGGAGUCGAGCGAGGAAGAGGAAGAAGAUGCAGAAGCUGACAGUUCGAGUGAAGAGGAAGAGGAUACACGACAGCGGACGCGGGCUGGUGUCAAAACGGGGGCGGCAAAGACGCCUGCGAGAAAAGGGCGACUGUCUCAGGCGGUCACAUCUCCUCCUGCUGCGAGUGGAGCGUCGCGAUCGGCUGCUGGUCAGACGCAGGAUACGGAGAUGAUGGACCUCGACGAGUCGCAGGCUGGGAAUACGGGUCCGACGAUGAUUGCACCCGAGCGAUACGAGCUCUUCAGAUCCAGACUAGCAGAAGUCUGGAACACCAGGUUUGCUUCGGAAGAGGCUGUUCAUAUUCCGGACAUGAUAGAGGCCAUUAAUGGUUCUCUAGCACCACAACAUGCAUUUGGAGAUGUCGAGGCGGGUCGCAUUAUGGAGCAGAUGAGCAGCCUCGAAGAAAUCAUGGUCUCUGAUGGUACCAUCUACAGAAUAUGA